AUGAUUGGUUUUCUUCUAUUUUUCGGAUAUUCAUUACAAGUUAUUCUCAACGACAAAUUGUACGAGGGUGAAAGUCUCCAGUCAAUUAUCGCAGAUUCAGGUCUUAGCGACAACCAAAUCAAUAAAAUUAUAAUCAAUAACGGAACAUUUCAAUUUAACGGCUUUCAAGCAUCAAAAUAUACCAAUUUAGACGAAUUUAUAAUUAAUGAAGGCUGUUUCGAAGGAACAGUCGAUGAUUUUGUUUUUCAAAAUUCACAAUCUCUCUCGAAAAUUACUAUUUUAGCCGAUAUUACAUUUCAACAACAACCAUUCUUAGGGUGCACAAAUCUUAAAGUAGUGGAAUUUAAUUCCAUUUCAAAUCUUUCAAAUAAUCAUAUUAACGAGACUAAAAUCGAAUCAUUUACUCUUUACAACCAAGAAACAUUGAACAAUAAUUCAAUAACUGAUAUUGAAUCAUUAAAAACCAUAACUUUACCUAAAUGCAAGUUAAUUGACUCAUUUAAUUUAAAUAAUUGUCAUAACAUAAUUAAUAUUUCAUUUCCAUCAUUACAAAAAGUAAAUAAAAAUUCUAUGAAUAAUCUCAGAUCGUUAUUAUACGUAGAUUUACCAGAAUUACAAAGGAUUUAUGACAAAACAUUUCAAGAUUGUCCAAGAAUCAAAAUAUUCAAUGCAGAUAAAGUUACACAUUGUUAUGGCGAACAUUUCUUCAUUGAUCUAGUCGAAGCAUCAUUCAAAGAACUCUUUUUCAUGGAAUCCUCACCUUUUUUAUACAGUCCGGAUUUGGAAAAAAUUUAUUUAGGACCAUUGAUUUCUAUUGGUUCCAAAUGGUUUGAUUCUUGCACAAAUCUGAAAUAUAUGAAAUUAGAUACUUCUAAAAAUAUAUUUGGUUCUUUCCUUCCGAAUUCGAAAAAUUUGGAAACAUUAAUUAUGGAAAAUGUCAAAGAAUUUUUCUUAAAUGAAUCAUAUCCUAAAUUGACAACAUUAAUUUUGCCUAAAUGUGAGAAUAUACAAGAGCAGCUUAUUACUGAAGCAAAGAAUUUAUCAAUAUUAGUAAUUAACAUCAUGAAAUUCUCACAAAAAUUGCAAUACUUUGAUAAUUUGAAAUUUGUCAAUAUGUCAAAUAUCAGAGUGAUAACAGAUCACUUCUUCAGUAAUUGUAUAAAUUUAAGAGAACUAUAUCUUCCUAUGGCCGAGGAAAUUGCAGCAAAUUCUCUUAAUUAUUGUUCCAACCUAACAAUAGUUUCAUUUGAUUCAGUUGACCGUGUAUCAACAGAACUAUUUCAUUAUUGUUCCUUGUUGGACACUGUCAUACUUCCAAAUUUAAGAACAAUGGCUUAUUUAACAUUUUUUGGAAAAAGUUACUUGAAAACUGUUAAAAUUCCUUUAGUUACAAAGAUUGAUAGAGAAUGUUUUAAAGGUUGCUCACUUCUUGAAGAAAUCAAUUUAGAAGCUGUACAACAACUCGGAGCAUAUGCAUUUGAAGGAUGUUAUAGUCUCAAGAAUAUUACAUUUAAGGAUUUGGGAUUUGUAAAUGAAGGUGCAUUUAUAGAUUGUCAAUCACUUGAAGUCAUUAAUUUACAUAAAGCAGAAAUCGCAUCAAAAAAAAUUUUCUAUAAUUGUAUUAAACUUCGAAAAAUUUCAUUUAAUUAUUGCAAACAAGUGAAACCAUUAGCAUUUGCAAACACAAAUAUUACACAUUUGACAUUGUUUGAUUGCGAAACAAUUUCAGAAUAUGCGUUCCAGAACUGCAAGAACUUGAAAACAUUCACCGGCAACAAAGUUCGGAGUAUUGGUGAAUUUGCAUUCGAUAACUGUCUUUCACUUGAAAAAGUCUUUAUGUUUAGUCUUGAAAAAGUUCCAUCAUAUUUGUUUUUCGACAAUCCAUUCAUCAGUGUUUUGAGAUUUGAUAAUUUGACGGAGAUUUGUGAUUAUUCAUUUUUCUCAUGCAAGAAUCUGAAGAAGAUCGAUAUCCCUAAUGUCAUCAAAAUCGGCAUUAGUGCAUUCGAAUCAUGCACUAGUUUAGAAGAAAUUUCAUUUGACAAAUUGACAUCAAUCGAUAACAACGCAUUCAAGAAUUGUCAUUCAUUAUCAUCUAUUUCUAUGAAUAGUUUGAGAUCUCUUGACAAAAAUUCAUUCAAUGAUUUACCGAAAUUGACAUCUUUGCAACUUAGUAAUUUGACAGAGAUCAAACUAAAUUGUUUUGUUAACUGUAGUAAUUUAGAAAAGAUUGUCUUUUCAAGUUUGACAAACAUGAAUGAAAAUGUCUUUCGUAGUUGUUCUAAAUUAGUAUUUGUUAAUUUCAACUCAUUGACAGACAUCUCAUCAUUCGAUUUCUCUAAUCACAAAUCUCUGAAACACAUCAUUUUGAACAACAUUCUCGAAAUUCCAAAAAAUUUCUUCUUCAAUUGUCCAUCAUUAAAAAUGAUUGUUGCAAAUAAAUUGAUAAAAAUCGAAGAUUAUUCAUUCGCAUUUUGCAAUCAAAUCGAAGGAAUCAAUUUCCCAAGUUUAGAAUAUUUAAGUGAAAACUCGUUUUAUAAAGUUUCAUCAAUCAAAACAGUUCUUCUUCCAAAGAUCAAAACUAUCACAUUUAAUCAAUUUAGUGAAUGUCAAAUCAAAUCAUUUGUUCUUCCAAGUUGUGAAGUUAUUGACUUAAAGUUGUUGACUAGUCACUUCAACAGAAAAUGUUAA